AAAAACAUUUUUGCUGUGCUGAUCAGAGUAUAAUGGAGAUUUUUAUCCGGCGUCAUUGUUUUCGCUCGUGCAAGUCGACUUGGAUACGGUUCGAUCGAUCCAUUGAACAAGUUCAAUCAAGUCUGAUCUCGCAGUGAUCUGUGCCUGCUUACUCUGACAGGUCGCGGAAAAUCGGUUGCUGCUUCACGACGAUGCGCGUAUAAUUUCAACUAUAUAGCGACACUCCAACCGAUUUGUGGUUAUUGUUAAACCGAACAUUCGAGAUAUUUUGGUUUUAAUUAUCCUCUUAUUUUUUUACCGAUCUGAGAGUAACACUAUGGUGGCCGAUACAUCGACAUUCGACAUGACGGAGGAACUACUGUUUUCGGCGUUGGGUUUCACGACAGACCCAAGCACCGACAACCACCAACUCCUACAGUCGCCAACGUUCACGACGAUGUCGUACGACUACGAGACGCCGUGUACAACACCGACGAGCGAAACGUCAGAUCCGUCUGACUAUACGCUCACGCCAUUGAGAGACACGCCGGAAUAUUACGGCGGAAAUUUCUCCUCAUCACCGGAAAUGGUGUGGAACGACUGGUCCUGCACGAACGGUUCUACGUCAUCCUCGGGAUACCUCAGCGAGCUCAGUGAGCUCAGUGAGCUCAACGAACUUGACUCCGAACUAGAAUGGUGUUUGGACCGCAGCUGGAACGCUGGUCUACCGGAGAGAACCCCGCUCUGCACUCCUGGCUGCGAGGGAUUCCUGCAUCUUCCUUUACCACAGCCACAAGCUCAGCAGCCUCACUUUCAACACGACGAGCCGCUACUUAUAUUAGGAAUCGAUCUUCGAGCAAUCGAAGACUCGCUGAGCACCGAUCAAAACAACAAUCAAAUCGAGGAGAACUUACUCGUACAAUCCGCAGCUAACGCAGCUCUUGCCACUCACGACUACACAAACAGAAAUCUAGCUAACGCCGCGGAAGAUCGAUGCUUUCCUUGCACUUAUCAGGGUUGUGCAAAGAUGUAUGCAAAGGCGUCCCACCUGAAGGCCCAUCUUCGGCGACACACAGGUGAAAAACCAUUCGCAUGUACCUGGGCCGGAUGCGGUUGGCGUUUUAGUAGAUCAGACGAGCUUGCCCGGCACCGCAGAUCACAUUCCGGCAUAAAACCUUACUCCUGCGAAAUGUGCCCAAAGAAGUUCGCCCGAAGUGACCACCUUGCCAAGCACCGCAAGGUUCACAGGAAGAACACAUCGCCGAUAUUCCCGGGUCCAGGCAGUAGGUGUUUCCGCACGACAAAAAUCAACGCAGUUCCCACAGAAGUGUGAUCUGCGUAAAACUAUAAAUCGGCAAAAGACCUACCAGCAACGCAAUUCGACGAUGCAUGUGCCCUACGAGUUUUACUAAAUUCAAGGAUUCGGUCGCCCGUAAUCACGACAAGUAUUACACGUAUUUCGAGCUUUAUUCAACCCUCAAAAACAGAUUCGCUGAACCGAGAAAUGGAAAAGUUUUAAUAUUGUGGGAAACUAGAUGACAUGCUGUACUGGCAAAAAUAGUGCAAUCUUUAGCUAAAAAUUUUAUAAAGGUAACAAGUGUUUUCCAUGUUUAGAAUGAUAGCAGAAGUAGCAAGCUCUGUAUUCCGUGCAUCGUUUUAAAAUUCCGCUUACAAGAAUUUCAAAAAUUUCUCCAGACAUACGUUAUUACCUAUUUUUGCGCUCACAGUGAAAACUUUGGAUUGUUUCUCGGUCGUCGACCUAAGAAAAAUAAAUAUUUUUUUGUCUUUUCAACUGCAAAGUGCAGCAGUUUUUAUUUAUACAUAACGUAUGUAUUUAUGUACCGUAUGUUUUACCGUGUAUAUGCAGUUGUGCGUUGAAUUAAAAUUCAAACAUUUUUCGUUAUAAUUUGCAUCCCAAGAGCCGUUGCUAAACACUUAAGAUUACUGAUUGAGAUAAUGCUUGCGACAUUUUUGGUCAUUUACCUCAAGUUUUUGAGGCGCUGAAUACUCUGAAACGGUGUUUGAGCCAUAUUAAAGCGAUCGCUACAUCAUACUUGCGAUUAUAGGUAUUAUGAAUGCAAAUAAUAUGUUAAAUGCACGCAGAUUGGCAAGAGCAAGUAUCAUUAUUGCAGAUGAGUAUCUUGCAUUGUUUUUUGGGAUUAUAUCUUUUCGACGUUUUUAUCGCUGUACUAAGACCGGAACAUUGAUUUUCCACAUUAUUUAAACCUGACAAAAAAAAUGCACCAAAAACUUUCAUCUUUUUUCUACAAGUUCGAAACAUAUAACUGAGGCUCUGUAUUUAAGUCAACAUAAUCUCAAGACGCUUGCGCGCAUCGACUGUUUCCACCCCAACGAGUCAAAGUUUGCUUGGUUGGUCAGCCUGUCUAGGCAAAAAACUUGGCGCAUGUGUACUUGGGUUUUGAAUUUCCUAAGACCAUCGCCGAUGUUAUAUAAUAUGUAUACAUAAUGUCGAAGUAAGUUAUCAUCUGAAUCAUACCGUAGAUUAAGCCAAAGAAUCAUGUGCCAAAUGUACUUUUCAUUUCUUUCUUUUUUAAUCUUUUUCGAGAAAAACGAAUAAGAAAAAAUCUCGUGCCAAAUUCAGAUAGUCAAAAUGUUUCCGCAAGGGAUGAUGGGUAUAACAAAUAGAAGAACGUUAAGUGAAAAAGAUAUAUAUAUAUUUAGUGUGUGAAAGAAUCAAGCGUUCGAUUCGAAUAAUAUAUCUAUUCUGGUGCUAAUAUAUAUAUAUAUAUAUA